CCCACUCGUUAGUCUUCCGACUUGCCUCCUUCCCUUCAUGAGCGGAAGUAACGAAGGAAUACAGCAUCGUUCAGAAAUUGGCUCCGAUGCGCAUUAGUGACUACACUCAAGGUUCCGGGGUCUCUCGACUUCCAGACUUUCAGGCGUGGAUCAGGGCCCAAGCGAACGCUGUUUCCAGAGAAGAAUGGAGGGUAGUGGGAAACUCGCAAUGGUAGAGGAUGCUGUGGAGUACCAUCUGUUCCUGAUACCAGAUAAAGCCAGAGACACAGAAGAGCACAGAGAGAUUCUUCAGAAGUACAUUGAACGGAUAAUGACCCAGUUCGCACCCAUACUGGUCCCUUAUAUCUGGCAGAACCAGCCUUUCAAUCUCCAAUAUAAGCCUGCAAAAGGAGGUGUUCCUGCGCAUAUGUAUGGCAUGACGAAGUUUGGAGAUAACAUUGAGGAUGAAUGGUUUAUUGUUUAUGUAAUAAAGCAGAUUACAAAGGAAUUUCCAGAGUUAGUGGCAAGGAUUGAAGACAAUGAUGGAGAGUUCCUGUUAAUAGAAGCGGCCGACUUUCUCCCUAAGUGGUUGGAUCCUGAUAAUAGUGCCAAUAGGGUGUUUUUUUAUCAUGGGGAGCUGUGCAUUAUUCCUGUGCCACAGAAGUCUGAAAGGAUAUCCUGGUUACCCACAACACCACCCACAAUCCAGCAAGCAUUGAGUAUAAUUUCAGCACACCCAGAAGCUGUUUUGGCUUCAGAAUCUAUACAAGGUGCGGUGGACAGGCGCAUCCGUGGGUACCCGGAGAAAACUGAAGCCUCCCUCCAUCGGGCGCACUGCUUCCUUCCGGCUGGCAUUGUGGCCGUGCUCAGGCAACGGCCCAGGCUGCUGGCGGCUGCAGUCCAGGCCUUCUACCUACGGGACCCCAUUGACCUGAGAGCCUGUCGAGUCUUCAAGACGUUUUUGCCUGAAACACGAAUAAUGGCGUCUGUCACUUUCACGAAAUGUCUGUAUGCACAGCUUGUACAACAGAAGUUUGUGCCAGACCGGCGGAGUGGAUAUGGGCUCCCACCUCCAUCACAUCCCCAGUACCGAGCCUAUGAACUGGGCAUGAAGUUGGCUCAUGGAUUUGAGAUUUUGUGCUCCAAGUGUAGCCCACAUUUUUCUGACUCCAGGAAAUCCCUUGUGACUGCUUCACCGCUCUGGGCCAGCUUCCUUGAAAGUCUGAAAAGGAAUGAUUACUUUAAGGGACUGAUGGAAGGUUCUGUGCAGUACCAGGAGAGACUAGAAAUGGCAAAGAACUAUUUCCAGCUCUCUGUACACCGGCCAGAAAGUUCACUUGCUAUGAGCCCAGGCGAAGAGAUCUUAACCGUGUUGCAGACACUGCCAUUUGACAUCGACAAGCUCAAGACAGAAGAAGCUGACCUUCCUCCCGAGGAUGGUGACCAGUGGUUGGACCUCUCACCAGAACAGCUAGACCAGCUACUGCAAGACACUGCUGGCAGAAAAGAAUCCCAGCCUGGUCCCCAGAAGGAGGAGCAGCAGAAAUAUGAUGUAGCGCAGGUCUCAGACAGCAUGAAGGCCUUCCUCUCCAAAGUGUCAACCCACAAGGGGGCAGAGGUGCCCAGAGACCCUUCGGAAGCUCCAAUCACUUUUGAUGCAGAUUCUUUUCUGAAUUACUUUGAUAAGAUUUUGGGGGCAAAGCCUCAGGAGUCAGAUUCUGAUGAUUCGGAUGAAGAUGACUUCGAAUGUGUAGACAGCGAUGAUGACUUGGGCUUUGAAGCUCAGGAGUCUGAGUCUCUGAAAGGAGCUCUUGGCAGUCUCAAGUCCUACAUGGCCCAGAUGGACCAGGAACUGGCACACACCAGCAUGGGCAAAAGCUUCAGUACCCGGAAGCAAUUGAGUAAGGACCUUCCAUCCCAGACUGCAAAUGACAAUUCAGAUGAGGAAGAUUCUGGUGCAGGAGAUUGUGCUGUUGAGGCAGUGGAUGUAGACCUAAACCUGGUUUCAAAUAUACUGGAAUCCUACAGCUCCCAAGCUGGCCUGGCAGGACCUGCUUCCAAUCUGUUACACAGCAUGGGUGUGCGGCUGCCGGACAAUGCUGAUCACGACCCCCAAGCCAGCCAGUGAAGGACUAGCCUGCACGUCAGCUGCCCUCCUCACUGAGUAAACAGGAGUCCAAGUGUGUUCAUUCUAAUUGACUCUUCGUAAGAGCGUCUUCCAUGCAGGUUUCAGAGUCCCUGUGCUUCCUUUGCCCAAGUCCUGUGACCUGGACACAGGCACUCAUGAGCUUGUUUGGUUUGUUUUAAAUUUUCCCAAGACGGGGUCUCCCUUACAUAUGUUCCUCCUCGGGUCAGAAUUCUAAGUUGGCAAAAAUCCCAUUUCAUUCACUUUUUAAUGAAAUAGAAAGUAUUAAAACUUAGUGUUCAGUCUGUGA